AUGGUCUCGAUCCGGGACCGCUCCAUUGCGUGCUCGCGCAGCUUUCGUCUUCUCGCCGCUGCUUUAGAGAGUGGCAAUAACGAGCACCGGAGCCUGAUCGAUCCGACAAGCCUCGAGGAUGAGUAUGGCCGGUUCCGUGUCUGGGGUGGAAACCUCGGUGCCCAGCAAAAAGGCCACAGCUCGCUCGACUAUCGUCUACGAGAGAGCCCUCUACUUCAAUCCAACGUCCUAAAAUUGCUGCAGGAACUCGAGAAUAAUAUUAACGAAGCUCAUGCGGUUGUGACGGGUGCAAGACUGCCGUAUGAGCAGCAAGCAGUGCGUGGCGACUUCAGUGAUGACAGCGCUUCCGAAGAUUCGGACGAUGACGACGAAAGCAGCGACGAAGAGCGGCCCCGAUAUGAGCUCCAGCAAAGGAUGUUCGAAAUCAUCGAUAUAAUCAACAGCCUCUAUCGUCUGUCCAUCAGGAUCCGCAAUCCCACGCUGAGAACUCGAUCUCUAAAGGCUACCGCCUACAGACAAGUCGACCCUGACACUGGUGUUGAUGUCCUGAGCCAGUACGCCGAAUACGACAGAAUGUACAUAAAGGAUUCUCUCGCCCAUCUUAGGAAUGGCUUGCCGCAACGAAAGGACGAGGAUGUUGCCUUCCUGGUUGAUCGACUCAGCAAGGCUAUCACAAGAAGAAGACAGCAAUUCAAGUAUUGGAAAAAGCACCGAGACAAGCUUGCAAACUCAGCCUCAACAAAAGAAGACUUUACCCCCAUUGGUGAAGAGCAAGUCGUGCAGCCACAGAUAGCUGGGAAUGGCAUCUCGGCCCCAGAAGAGGCUCCCAAGGCUUUCAAGAUGAACUUGAGGGCACCCCCGAGUGAGGCGCAGCCGCGCACUCUUCUUUCAGGAACUGAAGCAACUGCACAUCACAAAACCUUGGACGAUGCUGUCGACAGCCAGUCGGUCACCUCGAUUGCUACCACGGCCCGCGAUCUUGGAGGCCACGGCAUUGAUCUUCCCCCGCCGCCAAACUCUGCAGACGGAGAAAAGGACUUCGAGUGCCCCUAUUGUUACGUCAUUUGUCCGGCGCGAUAUGGAAGGUCUCGAUCUUGGAAAACUCAUAUUCUGCAAGACCUGCAACCCCGUCGUGAAUGGCUUGAGCAUGAAGGUUCCGCACACAGAAAGGUUUGGAGGUGUCCCACCCAUCCCCACGCCGUGUACUCCUCUCAAGCAGGAAUCAGGACCCAUCUGGAUGAUGUACACGGAAGCGACCUCUCCGAAAUGCAAAUCAGACAACUCAUUGCAGUAGCCGAAACAUCUACCAUUGAUUCACGGGAGUACUGCCCAGUUUGCUUUGUGGGUGCCCAUGAACCUGGUAUAGAAGGCAAUCUGCACAACCACAUUGCCAACCAUUUGGAAAAAUUUGCUUCGUUCGCACUACCCAGGUUCACCGGCACGGAUGAUGACAAGUCGGGCGCUAGUAUGGACGCAUUCCACGAAAGAGGGAGUUUAUCAGACGUAUCAGAAGCGGCUAGCUCCCAUUGGUCCAAAGACACGGCUUCUGAUUAUGAUCCCCUGGUUUCGAACAGUCGGCCGGAUCAAGGGACGCAGGAUGUUGACCGCUCCGAGCUUUCUGCGAGUGCAGUACAAUCGGUCCCUGACGCGACUGAUGGUAAGAUGGCACGCUUCAUGAAAGAGGCACAGGCAUCUCAAUCCAGCCAUGAUGAUGUUGUACGCGCGGAAAAGGAUGCCAUAAAGGAUGAGGGUAAGACAGCUUUCGAGAUACACUCCAUCGACACAUCUGUAAGGGGCGGCAAGGAGAAGUCACCGCUCAUCAAUCCAGAAGAACCAAGCACGAUCCGAAUAUCCAAUUUGCCGGCAGCAGAUGAGGCAAACAGACGGCUUUUCGCUUUCUUUGAGACUCUGGGCUGUCAGCGCUUCACGCUCGACCCACACGUCGAAAACCAGGGGCACGUCACAUUCGGCAGUCAGAAACAGGCCGCGGAAGCGUUGUUGGCGUUUGACAAGACUAAUUUUCCGGAUGUCGAACUUGAGUUGGAGCACGGCGGUGAAAAUGCAAAGAGCAAGGCUACGUCUCUACCAGGAGGCAUUGGUAUAGAUUUCGACGUUCAGGGCUUCUUAGAGACAUUAAGCAGUGUUCUUGGAGACGCUAAGCACGAAAAGGCCAUUGCCUGGGCUCAAGAUGGCAAGGCAUUUCGAAUUCUGGAUGAAGAAGCCUUUUCCCGAGACGUCUUGCCAAAGUUUGAUCUUGAAACUUUCUCUUUAUUCAAGGAUUGUCUAAUAGCCUGCGGAUUCCGCCAACAAUGGGAUCAGCAAUUUCGAGUGGACGCCAAUGGACUAAAACGGUCCAGCAUGUGGUUCCAUAAGCAUUUCGAACUAGACUCGUCAGAAGUCAGAGGACGCACUCGAUUCUUCACCCGGCUGCAGAACAUAUUUACACAGAACAAAGCAAGAGUACUCGCGAGCCAAAUCAGCAACAUCACCACCGAAAUUGACGACGUCUUUGAACCGUCGAGGGAUGCAUUUUCAGUUAAAUCUGCCUCGGAUAUUCCAAGUAUCUCACAGCUCUACAUCAACUCGGAGUUGUUUGUCCCCGAUUGGAUGCAGAAUAUGUUGAAGGACGAUGGAGACACCCCAUUUCUCUUACCAAAAGACGAAGUGAACCGGAAAAUAUCGAUGAUACUGCACGACAUCACUAAGAUCGAUGUUGAUGCUAUUGUCAACGCAACUAGCCAAGGUCUAAAUACCGGUGCAUCGGAUUCCAUAAGUUAUCGAAUCCAUAUGGCAGCAGGCCCGGAGCUCCUACGGGAAUGUCGAACUGUUCCAGACUGCAAGAUGGGUCAAGCAGUGAUGACCAAUGCGUACAAUCUACCCUGCCGCAAAGUCAUCCACACCGUCCGGCCACAUUAUUUUCAGGCCGUCCAGUUCGUCGGUCACGAGGAUCUGUUGGCCAAUUGCUACUGGAACUGUCUCAAGCUCGCUGUUAACAGCGGACUGAGGAGCAUCGCCUUUCCUUGCCUAAGCGCUGGUGGCUUUGGGUUCCCGAGUCGAGAGGCUGCAACCAUUGCCUUGCGAACUACACGGGCGUUUCUGGAUGCCGGUGAAGGCGAAGGCUUGCAGAAGAUCAUAUUCUGCGUCUACAAGAAGACAGACAAGAUCGUCUACAGAGACAUGAUUCCGCGAUUUUUCCCUCCUACCAGGACUCUCCUUGGACAGCCGCGCGAAAGAGGAGUCCGCAUCGAAUCCCCGGCCCGUUCUAAUUCAGCCGAAUCGCCAAUCCCAGAGCAGCAUGAUAGCUUUGACACAGAGAGUGACACUGUUGAGGCCAGAAAGACGAGGCCGCCUCUGAGUCCACGCUUGAGUGCAUCGGUGGAGAGCCUGAGCCGUCUGACUGGACUGCCUUCUCUGUGGUCAUGCUGCGAGCGUAAAGUCUUGGAAGGACCAAAGCUGUCCCUCGUCUAUCUGCAUCCAUCUUCAAGCCUAAUGGAAGACUCCCAGAGCAGCGGCUUGUCUCUCCUUGAUCAAAGAGAUCUAAUAGACAGUGAGAGCCAUGCAAGAGGCUCCAUCAAGUCACGGCCGAACAGUCCUACGCAAAACUACUCCCCCACUUACAUCAAGGCCCACCGCAAGCACCUUUCUCUGGACACGUUGUUUUACUACGACCUCCCAUUCCAGUUCGACAGCAACGAUCAGGACCACAUCAUUAUCACGCGGGAGCUCAACGCAGAGCAAACUGAUAUACUUUUCGAGCACUCCCGCCGCCACCGUCGCAACCUACCGUCCCUCAUUCGCACCCGUCAGCACCCCAACUCAGAGUGGCCUGAAUCAACAAUAUCCAUCGGCUCCCAGCCCCAAGAUGGGAACAGCUUCAUCCACCCCAUAUCGCUCCCCGGACCCUUCGUUACGGCAGACCACUGCCACUUCUACGCCGACAUAUCCCACCAGCGAUGGAUGCUCAGAGUCAGCAACCACGAAAGCGUCACCUUCCUCAACGGCCGCCGCCUCCCAAGCACGCCCGACGGCGGCGAGGACGAUGCCAACGUUCAGCCUCCUCCUCCUCCUCCACCACGCGCGCACGGCGCAUCCGGCUACGCCGUCGAGAGCGGCGACAUCCUCGGGCUCGGCGAGAACGAGGCCGACGGCAAGCCCGUACACCUCUUCCGGAUCGAGGUCGACAACAUCGCGGCCGCCGUCGGUGACGGCGAGGAGGCGCUGUGGCACGAGGCCGAGGCGCGCGCCUCGCGCUACGGCUUCCCCACCAUCGGUCUGGACGAGGACGAUGGCGACGAGUACGACGAUAACGACAAGGACAACCGCGCCUCCGAUCCCGACAACUUCAGCAUCCUCGGUGGCGACGACGACGAUGACGGCGACGCCUUGGACCCGGACGUGUCGGCCGGCUACCGCAUCAUCGACGCGGCGGCGCAGGUCCCCGAGGCCGCGCGUGGUAGCACGGGCAGCACGCGCUGGACGCGGCUCGACCGCCGGCUCGUCAAUCCGGACGCGCUGCGCGAGGCGGGCCUGCCCUUUGAGAACCGCGUGCGGUACCUACUGGUGUUCAGCGAGCUGGCGCCGGCCGAGGUGCAGCGGCUGGCGGCGCGUACGCGUGCGAGCCGCGAGGUCAAGGCCGCGACCGAGUUCACGCGCAAGGAGCGGAGGCGGAAGGAGCGUAAGAUCAGGGAUCAGAAGAAGGCGGCUAGGGAGAGGAAGAAGAAGGAGACGGGCGGUGGGGCGGGAUUCUAA